CCCGGUGUGAUUUGUGCUGCUUUCACUUUUGAUUUCCCUUUCCCAGAAGCUGCCGGUCAGACCUCCCAUUCCUGCCUCCCUCAAAGGCAGUGGCCCCUCUUUUCUCCCUGCAGCAGCCCGGUUCUGUCCCCGGCUCCGUCCCAGAGAAGACAAUGCUGAGCAGCAGUGGUAGCGCGAUGUCGAGCAGCUUUAGGGAUUAUAAGAAGAUCAAGUUUGUGCUGUGUGGGGACAAGGAGUUCUUUGAGGAGGUGUCAGAGAGCAAUUUGCAGCCUGGGGACAUCGUGCUGGUUCCCUUUCUAAGCACACCUGGCAUCAACAGUAACAUCUUCCAACAUGCAGCCGUGUACUGUGGGGACGGAGAGGUCAUACAUUUCCAGAACAUGUCCUCUUCCGACAAAAGUGGUCGGAUCAGCAAGGAAGGCUUCAACGCCAUGAAAAAGGAGAGGGGGAAAUGCCGGAUUCUACGGAAAAAAGGCGGGAUCAACCUCAAUGACUUCCGUUGUAAAGUCAGGAAGGCGAUGUGCAGCGAAGCCUACUAUGACUUGUACAUAAACAACUGCAUCCACUUUGCCCUCUACCUCCUGGACAUGGCGGAAUUCUACAUGAAACUGGUGGAAGUCCAAAAUGAAGAUGACAGCUGCAGCUGUUGGGCCCCCACCCACCCCGCUGUUGCAGAGGAGCAGCCACGUUGUGUGAGGGGUGGGGGCCACCAUGUCCUCCUGAGGAUGAUCCCUCCGCCAACCCACAGAGGAGACUGAGCAACGACGCGCCCACCCCAAUGUCUCAUCACAAGGAAGGUGGAGAGAGAGAGAGAGAGAGAGAGAGUGUGAGUGUGUGUGUGUGUGUGUGUGUGUGUGUCCCCUUGCUUUCUGAUUGCUGGUGCUUAUUUGCCGUGUGCUAAUUAAAAGCUGUA